UGUAAAAAUUAUAAUUAUUAUAUAUAAUGGAUAUACAAGGUGGAGGUCUUACCCACUACAAUUUGGGAAACAUGAAAUACAUGAGAGUUGUAUACGGAGAAGGAUUGAGAGUCCCAAAAACCGCUAAUAAAUUCUGGGACAGAGAAGUCUAUUUCUACCAAAAGAAGGGGUAUGCUAGAGGUUAUAUUUGGCACCACAGAUCAAACGCCACACAACAAUGGCUCUUCCACUUCUUGUACGGUGGAUUUGACGGUUUCUUCGUAAAAAGAUACCUUAUUGAUCAUGGAGUAAAGGUCAUGGGAAGACUUUUCUUCCUUCCAGCAGCCUUGUUCUUCAUCGGAUCAUGCUUAGGACAGAGAGAUUAUGACAACAACGCUUAUGAUUAUUUCUACUUCAGUGAUUAA